UGUAAACGGAAGUAAACAAUGUCAACGACCAAGAAACAUUUCCACUUUAGCGUUUUUAAUUCGGUUAUUUAGACGUUUAUCAACACAAUAUAACUCAGAAUAUGGACCAUUUAACAGCACAGCACCACACUCUUACCCCAUGUAGUCUUUAAUUCGCGUUGUAGACAGGACUUUAUUGAUAGAUGUUAUCUAGGUAACGCUAGCUAGCUGCUAACGUUAGCUAACAAUGGCUAACUGUAUGGUUUUUCACACUCAAAUAGCCUCCAUCAUGGAGGUGCUUGCGAAUGCUGCCGUGGCAGAUAUUUGUAAACUCGUAGACGACGACUAUGCAGUGUUUCGUUUGGAAAUUUCUCAAAGCCAGAAUGAUAACAGGGCAUUGCGGAGGAAACUACAGUUACUGGAACUGAAGAUGGCACGGGAGCGCGCAGAGAGGACAAUGCGAGAUCGCGUCGUCGCCAGUCGUCCUAGUAGUGUCAAGAUCCUCGACCGAUACAGAGGAAUGGCAAGAGGUGAAGGAAAUCUCAAUGGGGGCCACAAGAGCUUUGUGAAACCAGCGGGACACAAUACAUGGAGCGAUGACCAACCAAUCACUGUUGAUGAGGGGAGUGGAACCUCAACCCAGCAUGUUAUCGUGAUAGAGGAUGCAGAGGCUGCAGGUCCUGGGGUCAAACUGGAGAGUUCUGAAGGAGAGGAGGACACACGGCACAGCAGUGACAUCCAGACUGGACUGGCUGGAGUACCCCCUGUGGCCACGGAGGACCGUACCACCGCCUCAGCGCAGCCCAGGACCCGAAGCAGCAUCAUGGAGGAGGAGGAGGGUCUGGAGGUGCUGCUGGUGAAGGAGGAGGGGUGUGAGGAGGGUCUGGGGAACCCUAAGGGGACCAUGGUCAUAGAGGACAACCAGACUACACCUCCUCCUGAACCCACAGAGGAACCAGCUGAGCAGCACAGGGCCUCACACAGUAUCACUGAGUCAGUAGACAUGGAGGAAGGGAAGCCUGAUCUGCUGCUGGUCAAAGAGGAGACAAUAGAAGAUGAACCAGAGAGCAUUGACCUGCUGAGUGGACUAAAGAUGGGGGAGCAAGGUUGUUGGCUGGAGGCUAACAGAGGAGACUGGGCGGCCAUCUUGGAUUCCCAGACCCAGAUGGGUGCAGCCAAGGCCCCGGGGGAUGACACCAGAGGCAACAUAUUGGAGUGUGCAGUCCAUGAGGACCUGCUGAAAUCUGGUGUUGCUGGCGGGGGAGAAUGGACCUCUGAAGCGGCUGGUCACAAACCCUGGCCCCGAAUCAGAACCCUGGAUCAGGAGCCAUCGCUCUUCCUUCCCGAGUCAGAACCAGGACCGAACCACGAGGGACAGAGACUCCAGCACCACGCAGAACACAACCAGUGGACAGGUGGACUGAACAACCUCAGUCCUGGUGGUCAUCAGAGAGGCUCCAGUCAGGGAUCCAGUCCGCAGCCCAGACCCUUCUCUUCACAGUCUCAGUGCAGGGAUGGAGCAGGGCCUGGGGCUAAUAGAGAUAGACCCUCCUGUUCCUAUGAUACAAACACCACAGUAUCCAUGAUGAACAGAGCAGGUCACCCUGCACUUCAGCCAUCACAGAGAGUGGUGGGAGACCCCCCUGGUGGUAGUCUAUCAGGAAGUCUGUCUUCUCCUUCAGGGUCUUGUCUAAUGACUAGUGACUGGGUUCAUAGAAAGCCUGGGCCUGGGUCUAGCCUUCCUCAGUUACCUCAUGGUUACCCAACCAAUACAGACAGGGCCAGGAUGGGCGGUCACCACGAGAGGUACCUAGCCUAUAACACAGCACACAAUCCCAACAACACCCAAACAAUGGCUAGAGGUCAAGGAGGGAGCUCAAAGACUAACCACCUGACGGUGGUGGCUCCUGCUUCUACCUCCUCUGGUGUCAUUGGGUCACAACGUGGGAGGCCGAGCAUUAGGACGGAUGCUGAAAAGCCGUAUGCCUGCCCCACAUGUGGGAAGCGCUUCGCUAAGACGAAAUAUAUCAAGCAGCACCAGACCGUUCACACCAAGGAGAGGCCCUUCAAGUGCAAACUAUGUUACAAGAGCUUCUCCUUCCAGAGUAACCUUAUCAAACAUAGGAGUGUCCACAAUGGGGAGAAAUCGUAGCACUGUGGCUUGAGAUAUACACAGGGGAUGUCUGGGAGCAAUUCUUUAGCUGACAUAUUAUAGUCAUCAUGUGAAGUGUCUUAGAGAGAGGGUUUUUUGGAUUACUAAGUCCCUCAGUUGAGCAUCUGGGUACCCUCACAUUCUCACAUGAUACAGACUUGUUGUUUGGUGUGCUGACACGGUAAAUCCAUUUUGAAUUCACUCACUUUUUGACAGCAUCCGUUAUGAUUUAAACAAAACUUUCCAUACAUGUUUGCCCAUGGAAGAAGUUGUCAGAAAGUGACACGUAAACUCCAAUGUUGCAGCUUGGACCCUAUUUCACAUUAUAUGAGGUUUGUGUUGUGCCCCGCCAUCAGUUGAGACACAACAUGCUCUUGAAUACAGGGUGGGUGUCAUUUCAAUCAUAGAAAUAUAACUCAUAGAACGGACCUAUUCCUUCAGACCGCUGUAAUUUACAUUUUUAUUGAAUUUACAUUUUUACUUCUAAUAACUACCACAACAAUGACCUUGGGUCCACCCACAGUUUAAUGUCAAUUUAAAGGGUCAUGUCUAUUAUAUUAUCUUUAUUUCAAUAGGUUUCCUAUGGAGGAUUGGCAGUAUAAUUUGAAACAACAGAUAUUCACAUUCAAGUCAACAUUCUCGGAUGUGUGGACCUCCAACCAUCUUUGUGGUACCAUUUGAAAUUUGAAAUGUUUGUACAUUUAUCAUCCAAAACAUGACACCCACCCUGUAUUCAAGAGCAUGUUUUGUCUCAACUGAUGGCGGGCACAACACAAACACCUUAGAUUAUGUCAAACAGGCUAAGAUACAGCAUAUGCGAAUAUGAAAAAAAUCUGAUUACAGAUUUAGAUAAUUGACUUUUUAAAAACGUUUUAUUAAUACUUAAUUAAAAAAAAUAUAUAAAAUAAAUCUCCAGAAAUCAUAAAAUAGUUUGACAACCCUGUUUGUAAUUUUUUUAAAUAUAAAUCCCAACCGUUUAUCUUUUCCAGUGAUGAAGUCAUGGAUGUCUCAUGGUAUGGUGGGAUAUGCAAAAUGGGUCAACUUUGAGCACCUUUAUCUCCUGAAUUUUUUGGUAUUCAGAUCCAAAAAGUUACUUUCUGAGCACUUAUACCAUGGUUUUUGUUCAAAUCAAAAGGGGUGCCAUCAAAAAGUCAUUGAAUUCAAAUGGAUUUACCCAUAGCCAAAACACUGUCAUUAAAGUGUAACACUAUAUUUCCCCUCAGACUUUGGUUUUGGCUAUGUUCUAUUCAUAACAAAUAUAAUGUCCCUCUUUUGUUAUAACACCUUUAUAACACCCCCUCCCCCCAACAUUAUUUGGCAAUCAGGUGAUACCUGUUCCUUUAUGUACAAAAAAAAUAGGUGAUCAAAUCUGUUAAUAAAUGAGAAAUAAUUUUGUGA